AUGGAGGGUCUUUUCUUCAACGUCAACAGCGGCUUCCUCGAGGGCAUCGUCCGUGGCUACAGAAAUGGCCUCCUUACAAGCUCCAGCUACAGCAACUUGACCCAGUGCGAGACCAUCGAUGACCUCAAGCUGCAGCUUGGCCCUGCCUAUGGCGACUUCCUCGGCAACCUCCCUCCCAACCCCUCGACGUCAGCCCUGGCCGCGAAGACGACCGACAAGCUCGUCUCCGAGUUCCGUUAUGUUCGAGCCAACGCUAUCGGCACUCUUGCCAAGUUCAUGGACUACCUCACCUACGGCUACAUGAUCGACAACGUUGCCCUGUUGAUUACCGGCACCCUUCACGAGCGAGAUACCCGUGAGCUUCUCGAGAGAUGCCAUCCCCUUGGCUGGUUCGAGACCAUGCCCGUCCUGUGCGUCGCAACGAACAUCGAGGAGCUGUACAACAGUGUCUUGAUCGAGACGCCUCUUGCCGCCUACUUCAAGGGCAGUCUUAGCCACCAGGAUCUCGACGAGCUCAACAUCGAGAUUGUCCGCAACACCCUGUACAAGAACUACCUCGAGGACUUCUACAACUUUGUCAACACGCACCCUGAGAUGUCUGGCUCGCCCACCUCCGAGAUCAUGUCGGAAAUCCUCGAGUUCGAGGCCGAUCGCCGUGCCAUUAACAUCACCCUCAACUCGUUCGGCACCGAGCUGAACAAGUCCGACCGUAAGAAGCUCUACCCCAGCUUCGGCAAGCUGUACCCGGAGGGCACCUUGAUGCUCUCUAGAGCAGAUGACUUCGAAGGCGUCCGCCUGGCUGUUGAUGGUGUCUCGGACUACAAGAGCUUCUUCGAGGCCGCCGGUCUUGGUGGUGGCCCCUCUGGACCCGGCAACAUGGGUGGCGGCUCCAGCGCCGAUGGCAGGAGCUUGGAGGAUAUGUUCUACCAGAAGGAGAUGGAAAUUUCCAAGAGCGCCUUCACCAGGCAAUUCACCUUUGCCAUUGUUUACGCCUGGGUGAGGCUUCGUGAGCAGGAAAUCCGAAACAUUACUUGGAUCGCUGAGUGCAUAGCCCAGAACCAGAAGGACCGGAUCGGCAACUACAUCAGCGUUUUCUGA